AUGAAAAAAGAGACAAGAAGAAGAAAAAAAGAAACAAAUGCACGAACGAUGGUUCAGUAUGUGGUGGAGUGGUUACCAAGGAUUAACAGAAUUGCUGUAGUAGUAGAGGGCUGGGAACGGGUUCAAAUAGAGAGUGUUGAAGGAACAUUUCUCAGCAUACUUGGAGAUGAUGGGCAAAGAGAAGAUAUCUCACUCCCGGUGGAAGUUGAAGAAAACGUUAAUUUACCGUAUGAAUUUGAGAAGGGACGUAAUGAUUUAGAGUACAUCGUGAAAAUAAGGAGCAAGUCCUCAGAAAAGUAUGAUAAUUUAAUCAUGUCGCUCCCAGAUGGUAAAUGGACGAAAGAAGAUCUCUGUCUAGAUCCUGAAUUCUCAAUAGAAUGCCUUCAAUGUAAGCAAAAAAUUAUCAAUAAAGACAACUGUCGCGUUCUUAAUAACAUGCCUUCCGAGUUUUGGAUGGAGCUUAUGGAUUAUUGGCAUUGUCAUAAGCCAGAUGUGGGGGAAACCAAAUUUGGUUCUUAUUCACAGUAUGAAACGCUGAAACCAUCAGAAAAUGAGAUUCUAAUCGGAAAUUCUUUCUUCCAAGGUACUCCAGCGACACUCAAGAAUGCUGUGCUUGAAAAAGACAGUAAUAUGCUUCUAUGCAAAAAUUGCUCAGUAGUUCUGGGCCAGACAACGGCUGGCCCACUUUAUAAGCUGUACAAAUGGAAAUUGCGUUUGCGACGUAAUGGAAUGACUUAUCACUUCCCUCCAGAACUUGACGUUAUGCUGUCUUUAAUAAGUGUUGUCAAGGCCAAUUCCUGCCGGUACGCUCUCCUAAAGAGUGGAGGAAAACGACUGCUGGUUUGGAUAUUCUCCUUCGACCUUGGUGUCACAUUAACGGGGAACAAGCAACUCGAGAGAUCAAUGAAGUUGCUUUACACAGACAACGACGCUACUACAAACCACUGUCUCGAGCGACAAAACGCUGAGGAACUAGAUAUCCAAGAAACUACAUUUCACGCAUUCUAUGACGGUCUCCAGAGAGUUAAUGCACUUCUACCCUCAAAUAUGAAAGUAAUGGGGGAAUGGUCCAUCAGCUAUGUCUCACUAGUUGAAUAA